AGCAGCAUCAGCACCAGCAGCUGCUCUCUGAGAGAAAGCGCACGCAGGAUUUGUCUCCAGCUUCGCCAGAACCGGGAUUUACCGUCUUCCCGCCCGCACAUUCCGCCGCUCCGCGUCGGAUCCUCCCGGUUCCUGACCCGACAGAAGCUCGGAGACGGUGAGGAUAUGAAGGAUGAUUCAGCUCAGCGGAGUCAGGAGGAAGUGAAGGGAGAGAAAGAUGGCAGGGGGUUUUACUCACCUUCACUUCAUCUUACAAAUCUUUGAGUUUCAAUGUUGCCAAGCAACAGAAUCACAUUUCUGCAGCUCGUGUGUGUGUGUGUGUGUGUGUGUGUGUGUGUGUGUGUGUGUGUGUGUGUGUGUGUGUGUGUGUGUAACACCUCACUAAGUGGAGCUGCAUUGACGAACCACUGGAACUCAACACACACUCGCAGGUUAAACACUAAAAUAUUUGAGUGUGUAGAAGCUCUGGGAUGUUUCUGAGCUGAGAGAAACGGAGGAAGUCAGGAUGAAAACAGCUUUGCCAGAAUGCAUCUGACUGUUUAGGGUCCCUCCAUCCUUCUGUCAACCACAGACAUGAUCUGAUGAGUGGACAGAAGAAACAGGAACAGGACCACCUGCUAUGGCCGGCGGUACGCAGCAACACUCAGCUCUGACUCAAACUUCAAUGAGGUGGAUUUGCUGAGAUGUUCUCGUCUGCAGCAGCUGAUGGAGCGAGCGGUCUGGGCGCUGAGCAGAACCAUCUCAGCGCUCCUGUUUCCGACCAGGGAGCGUGGGCGACGGCCAUGAACAACCUGGGCAUCAUGCCAGUGGGCCUCAGCGGGCAGCCGCUGGUUCCAGAUUCUCUGUGUAUCCAGAGGUUUGACCCUGGUCUGGGCCUCAUAGCACCGAUAAACCCAAUGAUGGCAGGCAUCAGCUUGGUCCCACCUCCACCCAUCCCCUCAGAAGUACCACUCAUCAAGGAGAUCAUCCACUGCAAGAGCUGCACCUUGUUUCCCCAGAACCCCAAUUUACCCCCUCCGUCGACACGGGAGCGCCCCCCUGGCUGUAAGACCGUGUUUGUUGGAGGACUUCCUGAGAACGCCACAGAUGACAUCAUCAGGGAAGUGUUUGACCCGUGUGGGGAGAUCACUGCCAUCAGGAAGAGCAAAAAGAACUUCUGCCACAUUCGUUUUAGUGAGGAGUUCAUGGUGGACAAAGCUAUGUACCUGUCAGGAUAUCGUAUGCGCAUCGGCUCCAGCACUGAUAAGAAGGACUCUGGAAGGAUCCACGUGGACUUCGCUCAGGCCAGGGAUGACCUGUACGAGUGGGAGUGUAAACAGCGCUUAUUGGCCAGAGAAGAGAGGCACCGACGUAAGAUCCAUGAGGACCGCCUGAGGCCGCCGUCUCCCCCCCCAAUCGUGCAUUUCUCUGAGCACGAAGCGGCGAUCCUUGCAGAGAGGCUGAAAGAUGACAACAAGUUUGUCGAAGCCAUAGUGGUGCUGUUCACCUGGAUCGACCGGGGCGAGGUCAACCGCAGGACCGCCAAUCACUUCUACUCCAUGAUCCAGUCAGCAAACAGCCACGUUCGCCGGCUGAUGACUGAGAAAGCUCAACACGAGGAGGAGAUGGAGCAUGCUAAAGAGGCCUUCAAGAACGCCCUGGUGGCCAUAUUAACACAGUUCGAGCAGAUCACCUCCGUUUUCACCGCCGCCACCCGGCAAAAGGCAUGGGACCAUUUCUCAAAAGCACAGCGCAAGAACAUAGACAUUUGGCGCAAGCAAUGUGAGGAGCUGAGGAAUGCCCACAGUGAGGAGAUCAUGGGCAUCCGACGAGAGGAGGAAAUGGAGAUGUCUGAUAACGACUCGGAUGAAAUUCCCAGCAAAAGGAUGUGCACCGAGGAGAAUGGAGUGUGUGAUCAGACUCGGGCCUCUCUGAAGGAGGAGAAUGACUCUCUACGUUGGCAGCUGGAUGCUUACAGGAAUGAAGUGGAGCUUCUGAGGAAAGAGCAAAGCAGGGUCAACCGUUUAGAUGAUGAUCACACACACACACACGCCCACGGUGCAGAGCUUCAGAUCCAGCUGCUGCAGCAGAACAUGCACAGCAUGCAGCAGCAACUUCUGAGCCUGCAGGAGAAGCUGUCCAGUAAGGAGGCGGAGCUUGAGCAGGCCAGAGAGGAGCAUCGUUACCUGGAGGUGGAGGUGCGCUCACUUCGAGACAAGCUUCUGCUCAGUAAUAGGGACGCUGUGGAAAGAACCAACGGAGACAUCCAUGAAAAGACUGUUAAUGGGUGCGUCCCUUUGCUGCACCUCGGCAGCGAGAGAAAGACCGAGUUAAUGAGAGGAGGAGUUGCUUCGGAGAAGGAGGCUUUGCUUCUGGGCAUCAUGUCGACCUUCCUCCAUGUGCAUCCGUUUGGUGCCAAUCUUGAGUAUCUCUGGUCCUACAUACAACGACUGGACUCAAAGGUAUCUGCAGGUGAGCUGGAGCGCCUGAUGGUGCGUCUGCCCAGCAUGUUCAAACAGGAGCUGAGUGGCGUCGGCGCGACUCUGGAGAAACGCUGGAAGUUCUGCGGUUUCAGCAGCCUUGGAUCAGCGUGACACGGGGACAACACACGCACACGCUGGAACGGUGGAUCCACGUGAACGAUGUGUGUGUGUGUGUGUGUGUGUGUGUGUGUAUGUAUAUGUGUGUGUGUGUGUGUGUGUGUGUGUGUGUGUGUGUGUGUGUGUGUGUGUGUGUGUGUGUUUGUGUGUGUGUGUGUGUGUCCCAAACAAACAGCAUUGGACAUAGUGGAAGCGAUAAACAUUCAAGCCUCAAAAAGACUCCUAAAUCACUUCCAGGUGAACUCCAACAGGACCAAACACCUUUCAGACACAAUCCAUCCGUGCUGAAGACGUUUUGAACUGAUUUCCUAGUGGUUCUGUUUUCUGGUGCAGCCUGUGGCCUGCCUGAUAUCAGCAGCAGCAACACAACCAGGACGACAGUAACGGCUAUACCAAAGUUCAGAGAUUUUAUGUCAAACUUCUUUUUGAUAAGGGAGUGCAUUUUUUCUCCCAUUUUGUCUACAAACUACUGCAGCUGAAGUGUCGCUGGCUGUCCUGAAGGCUAUCAGGUGUGGGAUCUCUCUGGGGAAAGUUGCUUUUCUUUUAUAAAUCUGACAUAAAGCAUGCAGACACCAGUGAUGGUGAUCUGCAGGCACGUUCUGAAUGUGUUAGCUGGAUGUUAACCUACUCUUUGUUGCUUCGUCACUGCGAUUAUUGCCUGAUUUUAUCAGUGCAUCAGGCGGUUCCAGACAAAAUAGUCAUGGGUCGGGUUCUGAUUCAGUUAUGUCCUGGUUUCCAAUCAACUGAAGUAUUUGGUCAUGUUGUUUCUGAUGGUCAGUAGCAGCAGGAAAGGACCCUAGCCCUUACAAAGACAAUUUAGACUCCUAUAAUAACUCUACGUUAUAGGACAAUGUGAUGUUAUUUUGGUAAUAACAGCUGUUUGUUUUCGUAAAAACACUGUUUGAUUAUUUGGUGAAUUUAUUUUGCUUUUAGUACAGGUCUAGUCCUCCAGGACCUUGAUUUGGCUCAUUUUACCAAGAAAAACGCAGAGAUUCUUCUCCCCUGCCCCGUCUUUUCCCUGUUUUUGUGCCGUUUCUGAGGAAGGGGGAAAUGCGUGACCAGGAAUGCUCUAUGACCAUGCUGUGACGAUGCUGUGAAUCUGGGCCCUGUAGCAUCCAACAUGAAGACCACCAUCCGAAAUUUGGGAGUGCAACUGGACUCAGCCCUUAAAUUCGACGCGCAAAUCAACCAGGUUGUGCAGUCGUGUUUUUUAACGUACGCCGACUAGCCAGAAUUAAGCCCCUGCUGUCCAGAGUACAUUUAGAGACUGUCACACAUGCUUUUGUUCUCUCAAGGCUCGACUACUGCAAUGCACUGUAUGCCGGCCUUAGUCAGGGUGCGGUAGCACGCUUGCAGUUAGUACAAAACUCAGCCGCUACGUUCGUGACAGGCACUAGGCACAGGGAACAUAACACCCCUGUGUUGGCAUCCCUUCAUUGGCUGCCUGUGCAAAACAGGGCACAAUUCAAGGUCUUGGUACUGGCAUACAGGGCCUUACAAGGAACUGCUCCAGCAUAUCUUGGCAACCUUUUGCAUAGGCAUGCCCCCUCGCGGGCCCUUCGCUCAGCCGGCAGGGAGCUGUUAAUCGUUCCACGCACUAAGUGCAGGUCACGGGGGGACCGUGCGUUCUCGGUGUUGGCACCUGCACUUUGGAACCAGUUGCCUUUGGUGGUGCGUCAGUCACCCUCAUUGGGGGUUUUUAAGACUCGCCUUAUGACCCUUUUUUCUUUUUGUCAAGGCAUUUCAGGAUUAGCAAAUUUUACCCGGUUUCGAUGCCCCGGCCUCUUAAUCUUUUUCAGGAUUUUAUUUUUUGCUUUUACUCUCCUCUUUUAAUUGAUUUUAUGUUGGUUUUACGAUUGUUAUAUUUUAUUCUGAUGGUUUAAUGUUUUUAUUGUGUUGUGUUCAGCACCUUAUAUUUUAUUCUGAUGGUUUAAUGUUUUUAUUGUGUUGUGUUCAGCACCUUGGGCGUCUGUAUUGGUCGCAGAAGGGGCUUUAUAAAUAAAUGAAAUGAAAAUGAAAUGACCACUGGCACCGCAACAGCAAAAGCCUUUGAAUCUGUUUCCAGGAGGCUCGCGUUACUCAGUUUUCCCAAUAAAAGUUGUGAUGAGAGAAAAAUGUA